CUCACGUGAAGCGUUGCAACACAACACAUUCAACACAACAGAAAUAUGUACGAAAUACAAACGCACGCCUGCGUUUGGAUAACUUUGAAAGACUCGGCACGUCUUGCUGCCAAGUUAUGGACACCCGUGGCAAAAGCUGGACAAGAAAAUGAGAAAUUCCCAGCAAUUUUGGGUAAGAUAAUUCGCAUCAGUCACAUGCGUGAAUUUUUAUAAUCUUACGACUUUAACACUUGAUUUAAUAACUCGACAAUUUGACACGCAAAUGUGUUAAAAUUAAACACGAGGGUCUUUGAAUGAACUAAAGGCUAAAACCAGAGCUGCCAAGUCUCACGGCUAUCUUUAAAACGGGGAAGGGAAUGACCGGGGAAUGGUCAGGGAAUGGCCGGGGGAUGGUCGGGGAAUGGACGGGGAAUGGACGAAAUCGGGAAAAAACCUAACAUUUUGAAGAUUUUUGAUUAAAUAUUUUCAUGAAUUGUUUUCGUUGCGUUAUGGCAAGUGUAGCAUUGAAGUAAAUCGAAAUUACAGUAGUAGGAUUUCAGGCGACCGAAGCUAUGUUGUUUGCCGUGUAAAUGACGUAGUUCCUUUCUUGGGAGAGAGUGAGAGACCAAGGCUCCCACGCAAUUGUAUUAUAUAAGAUUGUGCUUUACUUUAAUAAAUAGUUCGCUACUCUGGCUUUGACUCCGCGCACUUGUUUUGCAUUGACAUUAUGCUCGGCACGUUACAAAUAUUAAAACAUAGCUAUAGUAGACCCUACUAGACCGCAAUAAAAUAUUUUUUUAUUAAUGUAGAUGUUUAUACGAUCUUAUCAUUCUUAUGUUGAUUUAUUGUUUGCGUGAAUAAAACAAUAUUCAUACAAGUAAUCAGCCGAUCCGCACAUUAUAAGCCAACUAUUGGUAUAUUGUAACGCAAGACAAUGCCAUUAAUAUAUUGGGAUUGAACUUUACGCAUAUUUAUACUCCUAACCCACAGCCCCAGCUCUAAUUCUUGCUCUCUCUUUUUGUCUGAUUUUUAUCAGAAAUGUACCAAACAAGAUAAAAUAUUUGUAUGAUUGUAUCCAAUAACCUUAUUGGCAGUGUUUAGAGCUGGGGCUGUGGGUAUAAAUAUGCUUCAAAAACUCAAUAAUUCAUGAAGCAAUUAUCCAAUCUUGAGUAAGAAAUUAGUCACGUGCAUACGUCUUUAUACCAGCUAAAGAACACUUUAACAAAAGACCAUUGUUAUGCAAACUAUAUAAAGAUUUUUAUAUAAAGAUUUUUAUAUACUGAAGAUUUGACUUAUUAUGCAAAUGUUUUUGAAGUCAUUUAAAAAACUCGCAGAUCGUGUUUUAUUAGGUCUAAAGCCACUCGCGCUGCGCGCUCGUGGCUUUAAACCUAAUAAAACACUCCUGCUCGUUUUUUAAAUAGUACGUAAAGUUCAAUUCCAAUAUGUUAAUGAUUGUCUUGCGUUUUACCAAUACUUUUGUUGGCUUAUAAUGUGCGGAUCGGCUGAUUACUUGUAUAGUUAACACUGACGAAUAUUGUUUUAUUCACGCAAACAAUCAACAUAAGAAUGAUAAGAUCGUAUAAACAUUUACAUUAAUAAAAAAUAUUUUAUUGCGGUCUAGUAGGGUAGCUAUGUUUUAUAGCUAUGUUUUAAUAUUUGUAACGUGCCGAGCACAAUGUCAAUGAAAAACACUUGUGCGGAGUAAAAGCCAGAGUGGCGAACCAUGUAUUAAAGUAUAAAGCAUAAUACAAAUUUUGCGUGGGAGCCUUGGCCUCUCCCAAGAAAGGAACUACGUCAUUUACACAAACAACAUAGUUUCGGUCGCCUGUAAUCCUAUAUUACUGUAAUUUCGAUUUACUUCAAUGCUACACUUGCCAUAACGCAACGAAAACAAUUCAUGAAAAUAUUUAAUCAAAAAUCUUCAAAAUGUUAGGGUUUUUUCCCGAUUUCGUCCAUACCCCAGCCAUACCCCGGCCAUUCCCCGGCCAUUCCCCGGUCAUUCCCGGCCAUUCCCCGGUCAUUCCCCGGCCAUUCCACGGUCAUUCCCCCGGUCAUUCCCUUCCCCAUUCCCUUCCCCGCUCCGUUCCCCCAUUCCCCGUUCCCCGUUUUAAAGAUAGCCCAAGUGGCUCACGGUUUACCCGUGAGUCUCCAGGUUUUCGCGCUGACCUCCAGGUCUCACGGUGGGUCUUGAAAAUCUCACGGAACCAUUAAAAUGGCUUUACUGUAUGCAUGGAUUCUGCAUCUAUGCUCUGAAAAAAUUAAACAUACAAUUUGCGAAAGUAUCGUCUGUUCUUUCGAAAGAAAAUCUGUACGUAUUUGUAAAAUGACACUCUGUUAAAAAAAUUAGUAGCGUGGCUAUUUGAGAAAACUUUGAUUUGUGAUUUGACAAGAUUUGUGAUCUUGAAGUAUAACAUCAUCUAAACGUGAAUUAUGUGUGUGCGCGAGCUUAUCUUUUAUUACACACGCAUAUAUGGCAAUCUGGUUCCCCAGCAUGCCCGGUCAACAAUAAUAUAAAGUCAGCAAUUUAUACAUAAUUUGAUUAAAAUUUUUCAUUGUGCUAAUCUGUAUAUGGCUAUCGCUGUCAGGAGGACGGGGGAUACAUACUACGAACUAAAGGCCCCAACAACCUCCAGGUUUUUAAUCAUCUGAACUUGGCAGCUCUGCUAAAAUAUUGUAUUAAUACUAUCGUAUUAUUAUACAUGUGCCGAAUUCAAAUCAAGAAUGUACGUCGUCUGGAGCCCCUUUUUAAGACGGCGUAUUUUUCAUGUGCCGAACUUUUGGGGCGACAGAAGUUGCCGUACCGACCCAGCGUCGCAUCUAAUACAAUUAAAUUCAACAAAUUCAGUGAAUUGCGAACUUUACAUGUGCCGAAUUUUGUAAACAAUGCCAAUAUCUGAAUGUACGGGUUGGGAUAGAACACGGAUCCGGAAUUUCGGAAGAUCUGGAAUUCCGCGCGUGCUCUCCGCGAAGGUAGACCAGUCCCUAGUCCUGAAUAGGCGUACUAAGAGGCCUAGGUACUAGGCUGCCGCGAGGGUGUAAUCAUUCUCGUACCCAGAGCCCUUCUUACACGCGGUGAGGCGAGGGGCUCUGGCCAAAUCCAUAACCGGAUACCAUAGAAACAUGGUAAGAAAACAAUGUCCGGUGUUAGAACUAGCCAAUCGGAUACCAGUUCGGAAUAUGGAUUUGGCCAGAGCCCCUCGUCGCACCGCGCGUAAGAAGGGCUCUGGGUACGAGAAUGGGGUGUAAUCACAGGAGCCUGGGCAUUAAAAACAGGAAUAUUGCAAGUCGAGCGUUUCUCUGCUUUGAAAAACACGUACGUACAGCGUGCACAGUCUUGACUUUAGUUUCAAAAAAGUCUUUAUUGAAGCUUCAAAAACCCUUAAUAACUCAUGAGGAAAACACAAAGAAAAAUCACAACUCAUAAGCGUGUCGUAUCAUCCUCGUUCCCAGAGCUUCUCGGCUGCCUGCGUUGGCAGCCGAGAAGCCCUGGGAACGAGGAUGGUGUCGUAUCUUUAUAUAUGAUAGAGAUUUCCCUUGUCACCUUGAUUUACAUAAACUUUAACUUUGAUUUUCUCAACUUUAUUAUUUAAAACAUUCGCAGUGCGCGUUUUAUCAGACCUAAAGAUACUCGGCUUCGCCUCGUAUCCAGGGGCGUAGCAUGACCUUUUUAACUGGGGGGGGGGGGGUAACAUCUAAGUUUUACCGACCCACGCGCCACGAGGCGCCACCAUGGUUGGCGCCGAGCGGAAACUUUUUGAAAAUAUGGAGUCUCUAGAUCGUUGAAAAUGGCAUUUUCAGAGCCUUCUGUACCUUAUACACACAAGGUUUGGUAGCAUUUAUUUAUAUCAAACAAAACCAUAUUGUUGAAGUUGUGUUAUUUUCGAAAUCCGUGAGAAUCCGUCAGAUAUUAACAAGCUGUGAGACUGUGAGUGUGAGCUCACCGUGAGGUUUUAUUAGAAUCCGUGACCGCCCCUUAUACGCUACAUAUAACAUAUACCAUAACAGCUAUACAGCAAUUGACAAAUAAAUAUUUCGGCGCGCGUUUAAUUUAAUGACACUUACCGUGACUUUAGUCAGCCGUCUAGAAAUAACGUAGAACCAGAAACGUAGCAAACGCUUUAUUAAUUGGAAUAAAUGAAUAAUUGUUGUCUUUGUUACUUCGCGAUAAGUCAUUUUACCCAAUGACAUUUAUCUUGUUGUUUAUUCUAAUGAACAGACUUGAAAAAUUGGCGAAACAUUUUAUGAGCACCGCGUGUCAAUAACAAAUAUAUAAAUAUAAUCUUUAAUUCUUUUGCGUAUCAUUGUAUCAAGGUCAAAAGUUCGCGCACAGUUGAACAUGUCCAAUCAGAACCGACUGUUUUCGCAGCUCUUGCAAGUGUAAUACGAUAGGAAAUUAGGGGCUCCAAUGCUUAUGCGUAGCAUAAUAUAUAAGUGUUUUAAUACUGAAGAAUUACGUACAUUUUGCAUAACUUUAUUGGAGAACAAGGCACAACAUUAAUUUAAUUUUUUUUUAUUAUUAAAAGCCAUUUACCGAGGAGCAAAAUUCCACUUUAACCGAUUUGUUUUACCGACCGCUGUCAUGGCUCUUGCCAUUACCGAAUAACUUCGCGUUUUACCGACUACUUCACUAAAACUGGGGGGUGUCACACCCCCCCACACCCCCCCGCACGCUACGCCCCUGCUCGUAUCUUUUAUACAGUAUCUGAUAAAACACUGUUGCUCAUGUUUUAAAUAAUACUUAAAAUACUCAUUCAAUAAUUCAUGAAGAAAAUUCAAAUGAAAUGAAUGUUUAAUCAAUGAUAAUGACAAUCUUUGUAAAUCGGAUAAAGAUUUGUCCUGAUUUACAUAAGUUUCAGCUUAGAUUUUCGGCUCGGCUUAGCCUUAGACAAUGUUUAUAUAUCGUCCUUUAGGCUUUAUACGCGUGAAUCUCUCAAGCCUCUGUGUCCGACCCAAACUCAAGGUCAUCAGACAUUUUGUCAAGAUAUUUUAAGGAAAAGUCCGAAGCGAGAGCCCUGCGCCUGGCAGUCACUCAUCCUUAUUAAAAUGAUAUGAAUUUUAGAGUAUCUGCCGUAUCGUCGAAAUGACAUGACGUCAAUGCGAGACGAGAAACGACAUUCAUGGAUGUGUUCUCAUGGAUAUGUGAUGAUUCGUGUGGAUAUGCGUGGUUCCGGAGACUCGGAUGGGCUAUGCUAUGGUGAAUAUGAACCACAGGAACUGGAUGACUGUAUUGAAGUUAUUGAUUGGAUUAGGAAACAGCCUUGGUCUUCUGGCAAUGUUGGUAAGAUUUGAAGAAGGACAGGCAGCUUGGACAUUAUUAUAAUUAUUAGUAUGAAGUUUUAAAUUUGCAAUAAUUAGUACAUAACUCAUAAGUUAUACAGAAACAAAACUAAUUUUACAAUUUAAAAUUUAGAUGCGAGAAAGGUAUUUAUAUAAUACCUACAGUUAAACACGCAAUUUGAUUGGUCAAUAGCUGUAUAGGAUCAGGCUAUCCUGCACGAAGAACUAUUAAAAUGGGAUUUUCGCGGGAUUCUCGAAAUGUCAUUGUUUCACUGUAGUUAUUUUAUAAAACAAUUACCAAAUGGUUUUCCAAGCAGGAUAGCGUGAUCCAUGCAUUUGGGAUGUUGCUCGACUUCCGGAAAGCGUAAAAAUACACUCGCCUGCGGCUCGAGUAUUUUUACGCUUUCCGAAAGUCUCGCGACAUCCCUGGUGCAUCAUGGAUCACGCAAUCCUGCAUGGAAAACCAUUUGGUAUUCCCUUAAUCAGUUUAAUGUUGUCAUGCAUACAGGGCCGCCCAGAGGUUGGCGGGGGCCCGGGGCAAAUUUUUUUUUAGGGGCCCCUAUCCCCCCCGUCGCCAAAAAAUUUUCGGUCAGUGUACCAUUUUAGGGGUAAAAAAAAUUUUCCGGAGUACAAAAUUUUGCCGGACGAGUACGUUGCAAAUGCUUUCGAGGGACUUUAUCUCAUUUUUUAUGCCAAAAUUCGGUACUUAGCCCAAGAAAACAGAUUUUCAGGGGCCCCCAGCAACUCGGGGCCCGGGGCAAUUUGCCCCCUUUGCCCCCCCCCCCUCUGGGCGGCCCUGCAUGCAUAGUUCAAAAAAGUCACAAUGACCUGUUUAACACACGAAUCAUACUUGGGAAAAAGCUUUCCUGAAAACGAUCAGUUCUACAUUUGAAUGACGACCAGUUGUUAAGAUUACGUAAAUUAUAGUUCACGUUUUCUCUAGUCUGAGGUAAAAGACGAGAUAGCCAGUUACCAUCAGUUAUUUUUUAAUCGUUCUUUCGCACAAAGCAUCGCGUCUCUCAUCUAGACGGGGACAAUGGAGUGAGCUCAAAGCUUCUCGGCAAGACCUGUCUGCUCAUUUAUUAAAGUUGAAUUAUCAAGGCCUCGAUUUGUGUUACCCCCUUCAAUCUACGGCAUUAUGAGUUAUGACGGUCAAUCUAGUCAAUCUUAAUCCAAUAAUUAUGAAUUAUUCUCCUUAUUAGGCAUGUAUGGCAAGAGCUGGGGUGGUUUCAAUGGACUUCAGGUAGCAUCGAGGAAUCCCGAGGGUUUAAAAGGGAUCAUAUCUCUAUACUCGACAGACGAUAGAUACGAUGAUAACUCGCAUUGUAAAGGAGGAUGUAUCGUUCCUGCUCAGAUGUUGUCCUGGUCGAGUAAUAUGCUCACAUUUCUCUUGUCGCCUCCCGACCCACAAUUUGUUGGUGCUAAGUGAGUUUUCAAAUAUUGGAAUAUUUUGUGGAUAUAUGUGCGCCUGUCCUUCCCAGAUUCAUUCCAUUGUUCCUGCUAGCUCAGAUUCCUGAAUGAUAUUUUAGAUAACACUAUGCGUCAAGGGUUGGGUCCUAAGGUAAAUACAGAUGGGAUCACUAUCAGUUGGGUCCAUGCUGCCCCAGAGAAGUUUGAAAAUCAGGUGUUCCAGAUUUGAUAACAAUGCUUGUCUGUGAUAGAUAGAUAGAUAGAUAGAUAGAUAGAUAGAUAGAUAGAUAGAUAGAUAGAUAGAUAGAUAGAUAGAUAGAUAGAUAGAUAGAUAGAUAGAUUGUUUAAUAAUUCACUUUUUGCAGUACACUGUUACUGAAUUGGUAAGCGAUUACAAUAUAAAUAAGACUGAAUACAAAUUAUAUUUAUACAUUUAAAAAAUUACAACCUAUGCUAUGGCUUACUAAGAAGAUUAUAAAUAUUAAAACUAACACUAAUUUGUUGAAUUACGAUUAUUUAUGUCUAAACAACUAACGAUGACAUACGAAUUCUUAAAACGUUCAGUAAAGAAUUUCGGAACAUAUAUCUUCUUGUUGUUACGUGAUUGGUAAUUUAAUGAAAUAUCUAUUUUAGGGAUUAAAUUAUGAAGUUUAUGGUUCGGGUUAUUUAAAAUUUGAUUUAAAAGUUUUUUGCAGGCAAUUUGCCUUCUAGCGUACAAUGACUCCAUCCCAGCUUCCAUCAAUGUAUCUUCGUAAUGUAAGUCGGAUAUACAAUUCGAAGAACCCGUUUUUGUACUCGUUCAAUUUCAUCACUCAAUGUUAUUUGUACUUACAGUACAAAUAACAUUCUUUUUAUUGGUUAGAAUUUUUCUUUGAAUUUCUCCUUUUACUGAAUUUUUAAAAUCAUCUUUCUUUUAAAAUUUUAAUAUCUUAAGUUUGUAGAAAUGUUUUCGGAGAACUCAAAAAUUUUCUGGGACCAAUGGUCCCAUGGUUCGACAUUCAAUAUUCACUGAGUGAUUUUUCCCUUUCUUGACGGUUGUCUCUAGAUGGAAAGAUAUGUGGUUGAAACGUUUAAAGCAAGCUGGAGAGCCCUGGGUGAACACAUGGACUUCACAUCAAACUAGAGACGAGUUUUGGAAACACGCUUCCAUUUGUGAAGACUACUCCAAGGUAAUGGGAACUCAGUAGAGACGGCGGAAUUCGAAAAGGCCUUUGAAUUUUCUUUGCUUUUACGUCAAAUUUGACCCCAGAACGUUUCUUCAUUUUGACUCUACAGCGUAUAGUUUUAAUUGCCCUCACAAACUAACAAAAUUUGAAUCAAAUGAUUGCAUGUUUUCCUGAACAAAUUGAAUUGAAGACUUAAAUUAAACAUGGUAUGUUGAUUUCAGCUGAUUUAUUAAUAAAGAAUCAAAAACAGAAAUACAGAAUGCAUAGUUUAAUUUUUUUGAGCGUCUCACUCAUUGAGCUGAUUUUCCAACAGGCUAUUGCCAUAGAUAUCCUAUAUAUACUAGAUAGUGCAUCUAUCGGACUCAGGAUAUUCCCAUGAAAUGAGAAGAUUCGUAUGUUUUCUAUUUCUUACCCACGGAACUUAAAUAUUAAGGUAAACCUAUUCCAAAUACAUUUUAUUAAACUAUUCAAAUGAUGAAAGUUAUUGUUGUUUUUUAAGCGUUUAUUAGCGAGUGGGAAACACCAAUAUGGCCGCCAUCUAUUCAAAUGGGGGUAACCGCUGGAAUAUUCUUGGCUUCAAUUUUACUAAAAGAGAUGCGCUAUUUAGUCUAUAUAUAAGAUAUCUAUGGCUAUUGCUCAAUACACCCUUUCAAUAAUUACGUCAUUUGGCCUGGGAGCCUCGCUCUCAUGAAUCAUGAACCAUUUACUGAUGUCAAUGUAAAGGUAGCUCUUUCUCCUCAGUAAUUCAUACAUGUCCAAUACCGUCGACAUGAUACGGAUCGUGAAGCAGCUUCACGAUCCGUCAAAUUCGUACGGACGGUAAACACGAGUCACGAUCCGUAUCAACUCGUAAACGCAAUAGGUGGUCUCCAAUAGCAGAUGCUUGUUGCCCAGAUCUCAGUACCAACAGUUCGACGGAUCGUACCGUUCGUACGGCUCGUAAGACGAUUCACGAUCCGACAAAUCCGUACGGUCCGUACGAACUGUGAAAUGGAUUUACGGACCGUACGAAGAGUACGGUUCGUGAAAAUGAUUUACAGAUCGUGAACCUAUAAUAACUUUAAACAUUAUAAUAUGCUGUUUGCUAUAUCAAUAUAAUAUGUAAUUGUUGCUUCGUUCUUAAGAAACCACGAAACACAACAUCGCCAUCGACAAAGUAGUUUCACGAUCCGUAAAUCAUCUUCACGAACCGUACGGAUCGUACGGUGCGUAAAGUCAUUUCACAGUUCGUACGGACCGUACGGAUCAUUGUGUUGAAUGUUUUACCAUCUUUACGAUCCGAAUACGUUCGACAGUAUUGGACAACCAUCCAGUAAUUUUAAGAGGUCCGACCAAGGAUUGAACCCAGGUCUCCCAGUUUGAAAAGCAAGCGAGCAGGUGACCCCGACACCAUGCUUGCCUAUAGGGCAAACAUGCAAUUUAGUGAAGCAAUUAAUUUCUAGCAAAACACGGUAGCGUAACGCUUAUUAGGUAAGGUUAGUUAAAAACUAAGGGCUCCCGACAGUUAGGGGCCCCCAUCAGCCACGGCCUAUCGCCGAGAAAAUUAGAAAACGUAAAAAAUGCAGGUUAAGAAUAAAUGGGAAAUGCAAAAUUAAUAAUGCUAAAGAACUAAACCUCCAUCAACAACGGUAGCCGAUUUUUUUAUUCCAUCUCAAAUAAAACAAAAGUUAUUCUUAUUAGUUGUUACAUAUGAUGUUAUUGUUAUAGACACGGAAUUUUCCAGAACAUUCGGUAAAUAUUCAAUAUAAAUAUAAUAUCUCAGUCAAACAAUAGCAACAGUCCCCUCUUCAUCCGUUACCCCACUGGCAAAACAACUUGCCUGAUUGGGCAACCAGUAAGCAACGUCUACUGGCCCGUAACCGUAAUUUCCAUUUUCUUUUCAGAUAAAAUGCGGAGUGUUCCUUAUUGGUGGCUGGCUGGACUGCUAUCACAACGCGGUGUUCCGUAUGGCUGAAAACUUGACAUGUGAUUGGAAAGCUAUGGUUGGUCCUUGGCCACAUGAUUGGCCAGACGACUGUGUUCCAGGCCCCAACAUAGCAUAUCUGCCAGAGUGUUUAAGGUUCUGGGAUUACCAUCUGAAAGGAAUUAAAAAUGGUCUCGACAAAGAACCAAGGCUUCGCUUAUACCUCGAACAGAGUAAGCGAAAUAUUAAGAGGCAGUUUUUCUAUGUCGUGUAUCUUUGAUUAAAAAUAAUCGCCGUAAUUAAUCAUAAUCGUUAUAAAUAGACACUGAUUUUCUUUUAUCUUAAAGGUGUUUCUGUGUCACCAAAAAUGGAAAUCUGGCCCGGACGAUGGAUCGCUGAAGAACAAUGGCCAUCCCCAAAUGUCUCAACCAAGAAAUUUGGAUUGACUCACAGUGGGAUAUUACAGGAAAUGAAAGGUGAUUAAAUCAAAGUGAAAGAAUGUUUUUGGGCUGUACUGAAGAUGAGAAGUCUGGCAUCUUGUUGAUUGUCGCUCGACAGAAACAAGAGAGAGAAUAUCUUUAAAGAGAAUAUCUUUUGCUUGGCAAGAUCUCAGCCAGGAUUUUAAAUUUGAGGAGUGUUUUUAAAUUCCCAAGGAGUGUUUCUGCUAAUUACAUUGAAUGGCUAAAGGAACGGUUAUGGGCUCAUGCAUGUAGUUGUUCUCUGUGUUGCAACCAAAUAGAAGCUCGCCUUACGCUCAUAUUUGAAUAAUUAAUUACAGCGAGUUAUUUUAGGUAGGAGCAAAUUCUGUCUGUUCUAAGCUGGGGAAGCGAUUUGAUGAAGAUUUGAUGCUUUUACGCCAUCUCUAUAGAAACGAAAAAUGAACGGACCGAAUUAUAGAAGGCUGAUGUAAAAUACAAGUAUAGCGGGAUAAGAUAAUCUGAUUGAGGGCAUGAUUCCGGAUUUAUGAAGCUCGCUGUGAAUUCUUGUUAUGGAUAAAGACAAGCUCGAGUAUGAAUCCUACAUUAACCAAAAAUGCAUUCUUUCCUAGAUUCCACCGUUGUUGAGCGAAAUGAAAAAACAUUGCUAAUACCUAGUUCCUUUGCCUGUGGUUCUGCGGGUGGGUGUAUGAUGCCUGGAAAUGAACCAGCUGAUUUAGCCCAAAAUCAGGCAUGCGAUGACGGGCUGUCCAGGUGUUGGCAUGGUGAUGUCGUGGACACAAUAGAUAUCCUUGGUGCACCAUCAGUACAACUUGAAAUUAGUUCUGAUAAACCUGUAGCUACACUUUGUGCCAGACUGGUGGACGUGUUUCCUGAUGGAAAGGCAACACUUAUUUCAAUAGGUACUGAAAUAGCAUUUCACUGUUAUGUAUUUUACAGUAUUGCAUAGAAGUAACCUAAAACUUUGGAUUAUCGGAUCGACCAUCGCAAAUGAACCUAAACUGAACCGCAAGCAAGCCGCGACAUAACCGUCCUCGUUCCCAGGGCUUCACGGCCGCGCGCGACCUUCAUAGGUCCUGGGAUACACGGAACCGGAAGUGCCAGAAAACUUGCAGUCGUUUCUGAAGCGAAUACUCUUGAAUGUGGACGCUUCAGCACCGUAGCAAUUUUCACAGGGAAGUAUUAGUCAACUUCUGCGAAGUAGCAGUUCUCUGAGAAGCCAAUCAGAUCUCUCCCUUUGGUCGUCUAACCCCGAGCCUGAUUUUCAACAAGUGACUGAGUGAAUUAAAAUGUCUCUGGGGACGAGAAUGCGGCAUAACCGCAAAUAAACUACAGUCUAACGACAAACAAACCGCGCUUUCUUAUAGGGCAAUUUCCUUUAAGUGUUUUAAAAAAUUGACAAGCCUUUUAAACUUAUUGCGUCUUAAGGAAAGACUGUCCGAUCCCAGCGCAAAGUAUCUAUAUAAGAACAUACUUGCACUGGCAUCAUAGCUAGACCUUGUGAUGACCCGCACCGACUCCAUAAUAUCCGAUAAAAUAUCUAGGUACCUGCAUAUACGAACAUACACACGCAAAAAUUUCACAUCUUGUUAUAGGCGUACCGGAAGGAAAAAUUUAGGGGGGCGGAAAAAAAUUUGCCCGACUUUUUCGGAUUUUGCCCGACAAGUACCCAAAAAUUUUUUCCCGAAUUUUUUUUUGGCGAUGCCCCCCCCCCCCGUCGCGGGGUGUACCAUUUUAGGGCUCCAAAAUUUUUUCCGGACAUAUCAAAAUUUUUCGGAACCUAACAAAAAUUUUCGAAACAUCACAAAAUUGACCACAAAAUUUACAGAAUUUGUCCCAUUUAUUUUUAUAAUUAACCAAAAUUGCCCGACUGUUCAGCGAAAUCGGCUAACAAGUCCUCAACAAGUUCUGUUUGCAUUGCAAUUUGUUAACGGUUGUAACAACCUUGUUACAGUGCGUCUACAGUAAGUGGGGCCACUUAGGGAACACUAACCAAUCACAUUGCAGAACAAAAAUUGAAAAAUCAACAAACGGCGCAUUAGCCAAUCAGCAUUGGGCCAAAAACAAUUUGAACAAAUAAACGAAUGUCAAACGGUAAAAAUAGACUUGUUGAAAAGUAAACACUGCAGUUAAUGGCUUCCUGAAUCUUUCUUUUGAUUUGACGAGCUUUAGUUUGAUUAGAUUUUUCUUUUCGUUCUGCCAUGCGAAUGGUUAGUGUUCUCUAAGUGGCCCCACUUACUGUAAACACACUGUAAUAUUAUUUGACUUGUUGCAAGGUUGUUCCAACAAGUCCGAUACAGUCAUGCAUGAUAUAACAAUGUUGUUACAACGUUGUGUUGCAAACCUUGUAACAUUCGUGUUAUAUCAUGACUGUAUCAGAACUUUGUAACAAGUCUGAUAAUGCCAUCAAGCUUGUUACAAGUUGUUAACAGCUUGUUCUAAACUUGCUACAGCAACUGGGAACAAGCAGUGCGAAAACAACUUGUCGACAGCUUGUGAACAGAUUUGUAACAACUUGUUUGCAGACCUGUAACAACUUGUGCGUUUUUACGUGUGUACCUGCUUGUGCAGAUAGUAAGUAGUAUAUCUCAUCCUCUAGGUGUUCUAAACCUUACUCAUCGCAAUGGACAUUCAGCAGACGAAAUCAGCACUCUAAAAGCAGGCGAACAUUACAACAUUCAACUUGACUUGGACGUCGCGGGUUACACUGUCCAUGCCGGUCACCAACUGCGCUUAGCUCUGUCCCAGUCCUAUUGGCCUUACGGCAUUUGGCCUCCACCAUCUACUCCUGUCCUACAACUUCACUUCGUAUCCCCACCUGUAUUCACAUUACCCCUCAGAAAACGUGGCGAUGAGGUCAACAAUAAUGAUGAGUUAUUUAAUGGGCAGUCUGUGGUGAACCCGCAUGCAUUACAAGUCAAAGAGAUCAGAACACCUUCUUUGCAAAGGUCAGUUUUACGAGUCAAAUAUUCAGGUUGUAAUUUAAUGUCUGAUACACACUAAAUAUACAAAAUUUAACAAACAAGCUAACAUGCCACGGAUCUGUCAUGAACCUGAGUCGGGCGAAAAACAUAUUUAUGCCAGGUUGGACAUUAUCAAGUGCAGGGCCUAUCAGAGAAAUUCAGGGGCCCGGGGCAAAUUUUUGUUUCGGGGGGCCUAUUUUUUCCGCACAUUAAAAAAAGGUAAAAAAAAAUUUUUCGUCGAACUGAUGUUAACAUAAGGUUUAAAAUUUUUUCCAGACAAAUUCCUGUUACAACAUGGGUCAAACCCUUUUUUUUUGGAAGUUGUAUAUGUUAAAUUUUGGUUUAGAACAUUUUUUCUCAUACCAUUAUUUUUAUAAAAAAACGUUAGAAAUUUUUUUUUUUUAUUAAAUUUGGGGGGCCCCCUUAAAUUGGGGCCCCGGGGAAAAUUGCCCCCUUUGCCCCCCCCACCACUGAAAGGCCCUGAUCGAGUGUAAUUUUUAUGAGGCGCUCUGUAGCUCAGUUGGUUUAUAAGCCGGUUUUCCACCAGCGAAUUUUUUCGCGCGAAGCGACCUUUUUCCUUUGUCGGCAUCCAUUUUGCCACGUCUUGCUGACGUAAUAAGUGAUACCGACAAAGGAAAAAAAGGUCGCUUCGCGCGAAGAAAUUCGCUAGUGGAAAACCGGCUUAAUGAGUGAUACCGACAAAGGAAAAAGGUCGCUUCGCGAGAGAGAAUUCGCUAGUGGAAAACCGGCUUUAUUUAGAGCGCUGCACCGGAAUCGCAGGAAGGGACCUGUAGUUGCAUUUUUCCCAGCUGGUGCGGGUUACGUCUAAUAAAUGUAUAUAAAAUUUACACUCGAUAAAUUCCACCUACAUACCUUUUAAUUCUUGUUCAAUCGAGUGACAUUCCAACAAAAUCUCUAUUUUUCAAGCUCGUCCGGUGUGGAUAUACACUCAGAGUAACAUCACAAACAUAUCAUAUUCACCUGAGUACACAACACCAGCACAGAGAGAUCAUAUUACAAGAUUACAUUGGUAUCGAAGGAACUAGAUUCGGUUCCGAAAUAUCACUUACUCGAACCGACCUGACCGCGUAGCUCAGUUAGCACAGCAAUUGGGCUAGUAUUCCAAAGGUCGUAGGUUCGAUUCCCACCGUGGCCGGGCAUAUUUUUCAAGCUCGCCCAGUGUGGAUAUACACUCAGAGUAACAUCACAAACAUAUCAUAUUCACCUGAGUACACAACACCAGCACAGAAAAAUCUCUAUAUUAUUUUGUUUUCUUUGCGAAAUAUUUAUUUAACUUUGCCAAAGAACAUGCUACACAUGACAUACACAAGACUUAAGCCCGUUCUCCGCUAGGCGAAUUUUUUCGCGCGACGCGAAACGAAAGACAAAUCUUGGCAAUGUGAUUGGUCAGCGAAAAAGUUCGCCGCGAAAAAGUUGGAUCAGUUCCUACUUUUUUACUGUUCGCGCGAACAAAUUCGCCUAGUGGAGAACGGGCUUUACACAAGACAUACAUAAACAGAUGGCAGGUACGCGCUACAACGUUCGCCAAUACACCCUUUCGAUAAUUACGUCACACAUACUUGUUGGUCUUGGAGUCAGGGCCGCCGAGAGGGGGGGGGGGGAUUGCCCCGGCCCCCCACCUUAAUAGGGCCCCAACUUGAGAACGAGAGCCUAAAAUUGAAUAGGUUCUUUAAAUUGGUCAGAGCAUUUUUGAAAUUGAGGGCCCCUUACAGUAGCUCCACAUGCAGUCUAGAUAAGGUCUAGUUGGGUGACUGACUUGGGUCUAGCUUAAAAAUAAUGAUGUCAUGGGGUCCCCAGCACGAUUCAUGAGAGCGAGGCUCCCAUGCCAGGCCACAUGACGUAAUUAUCGAAAGGGUGUAUUACAUUAAAACUAUAAAAUUUAAUGACAACACGAUAUUUUACAAGACAGAUUACGAGACUUGUUACAAGACAAACAUAUAGAUUUCCAUGUUCUUGGAUCAUCCGCAUCGUAAACGUUUUGUACAGUUAAUUGGUAAUACUUGAAAAGUCCAUGUUUGAACUGGCUUAAGCUGGGAAAUAUGAUUAUUAUUAUGUUAUUUUAAACUAUUUCUGCCGUUAAAUGGUUUUUUCCAGAUUUACAACAUACGACGCACAAAGACAGUCCUACAAGACGACACUCGAAAUGGACGAUGGAGAAGUUCAGCGCCUCGACAACAAUACUAUCUUUGGAGUUUCCUUACAUGAAGUAUAUAACGUCGUUGAAGAUGAACCGCUUUCUGCGAAGGUAACCAUAGAAACCAACACGCGUGUUGCACGGAAAGAGACUGGGACGGGUCAAACCGCGGAGCUAUUUGAUACGUUUGUCAACACGAAAAGUGUCGUAUCCGCUGAUGAAAGUCAUUUUCAUUCUGAAUGUGAGGUAAAAGCGUGGUGUGAGAAUGAGUUGGUUUUUGAAAAUCGAUGGAAGAAAGCUAUACCACGUUUUAACGUGUGAAUUAUUGAAUACUUGAUUUGACGAUCACAGACCUUCGAACUUUGCGAAUUAAAAAUGAGUGAGAACAUGAGUAUGCCUAUGGGCACGCCCAUUCCUCCCUCCUGACCCACCGCCCAACCAAAUAUGUUCAGAUAUCAGGCCAUAGAAAUGCAAUUACCACAAUUUAUAAUCCUGUUUCAAUGAACGAAAUCAAACAGUCAACAGUCAGACUUCCAUUAUACAAAUUGUGAUUGAACAUAUUAAGAGGCAAUCUUUUUCUAUGUCGCGUACUUGCGAUGAAAAGUCGGUUCAAAACCUAAAAUCUUUUUGGCGUACCUUUCGGCUCAAAUUGCUUUGUUUUAGCUUUAUUUUCUAGUUUAUACAGUUAGCUAUCUUCUUAAAUGCAUUUGUCUGUUGAGAAACAUAAAAUAAGAGGAGAAAAUUGUCAAUUAAAAUACAAUUAUCAAUGAUGCUUUAAAAGUGACGCCAUAUUUACAGCAAUAUACGCAAAACUUAUUGAACUCAGUCAGACAUCAUUUUCUCUUUGGCGUACCGUCCGAAAAUCUCUUCAUUUUAGCAUUAUUUUACAUAUAAAGCACUAAACAUUUUUAAGGUUGUUUGCCGAUUGAGAAGCGUCCCGAAAAAUAAACUAAUUUUGAAGAAAGUUAUAACUGAAAGUGGUAUAUUAUACUGACAUGUUACAAUUUUAGCGCUCUUUGUCUUCUGUCAGUUCUGGUAUAAACGCAAAAUAAAUGGUCUAGAAUGCGUGUGAGCGUGAAAUAGAUGCCAAAUCAUAUGUCUCACGCUUUAUGAGAGUUGGAAGGUCCACGAUCACCGCUUAGGGACCAGUCAUUAUUUAUGGCGGGGUUGUGCCGAAGAGAAAAUGGUGGGGUAACUGAAAAAUAAUACUUGUUUUAGGUGGGGUGGCCAAAAAAUCCUUUGCAUGCAAAGUUGAAUGAUUGCAGUUGUUUGAGUUAGAGUGCAUGUCAGUCUUAUGAGUAAGCACUAUAAGAUAUAACAUUCACCAAUCUUCAUAAAUGUGAAACUCCUUUAGUUCUGUUGCAUGGCAUUUCCCUACGGGCCCACUUCAAGCUAUUAUUUAUUAUGAAUUUGUCAUUUCCAUUGAAAGGAAACAUUCUACACAAAUCAUAUUUUGAGCAUGCAAAUUUCAAACCUUCAAAUAACUAUAAUCGUUAUAACUAAAUAGUACCUUGCAAUAUUGUAGGGGUAACCUAUAAUAAGGCACGAUGCUCGCUAGCAUGCCCCACAUGAUUUUUACUGUGCUUUAUUCCACAAGAAAAAUGGGCAAGGGGUAUUGGAUGUUGGGGUUAACAAGUAUAUGUUUACCAAUCAAUUCCAUUCCCUUUUAAUUAUUAUGGCGCCAUUAUGGUCAAAGCACCCUACAUUAUAAUGCCUCUUUAACAGCAGAUGAUCAUACUCAUGGGCAAUUUUCGACCUUAAUGCAUGGGUAAUAUGCAUACAAAAUACCAAACUGUUUCAUCAGGGAUUUUAUGUCUGGACCUUUGACUUUGCAACAAAAUAGGUUUGAGUGGGGUAAAACAUUUUUCCAGUAUUCCACUAGUUAAUGUUGGGUAGCUAGAAUUUUUGUUUCGAACAAAGUGGGCUAACGCCUAAAGGUUUUUUCGGCUUCAUUAUACUUUCUCUUCGACCCCGGCCCGGCCAUAAAUAAUGACCGGUCCCGUUUUGAUUGAAAGUUUGAGAAAUUAAAAUUUUGCAAUCGGAAUUUUUAAAUUGAACAUUUUUAUGUAGAACCAAGAUAUAGAACUCAGACAAUAUUUGAACUAUGAUUAAAUUAAGUUGAUUGAAUUAUCAGUACCGAUCAUUUUUUACCAAUUGUAAAUAUGU